ACUCAUCUACUCAGAACAAACCCUCACUCUCUCUCUCUCUCUCUGUGAAAAAACUCUCUGAAAAAACGCCAUGGACUAUGCCGGGUGGCCUGAGACGCACCGAAUCACACCACAGCCUCCAAAUACUAACCCACCACCUCCAGACCCCUACACUUGUUCCCACCAUUACCCAUACUACCCUCCAGACCAUAUCCCAGUUUCCCUCACUGCCGUUACGCAUUCCUCUCUUGAACCCCAUGACUUGUACGCCGGCCUUGGCGCCGAUCCCGGUAGGAUCAUCCCAAUUGGGGUCGACGCCUAUGCCUCCCUGACCUCCUACCAGCAUACCCAUUUGCGCAUCCAUGGCCAUGCCGGCGCUGGGUCGUACGGUCACCUCCAUCAGACUCUGGGUACGGGGUCGUCCGUUUACUAUUCGGACCCGAAUUCGCAGAACUGGGCGGCCAAGGAGGCCGUCCGGAUAUACGGGGCGUACCGGGUUGGCUUUGGAGCUGGUGUGUCGAUACCAUCAAGUGGGACAGAACAGUUGGCCAUUGCAAAUCCAAACUUCACUUUCAGGGCUAAGAGCACUCCUCAUCAUGGAAAUAGCGCCGGGAAGAUGUACCGAAAGAAAAUGAAAACAAAGACGAAGACUGUACAAUCUGUGUAUUGUGAACUUUGCAACAUCGAUUGUGACACCAAGGAUGUACUCGACAAGCAUAAAUUGGGAAAGAAGCAUAAGAAGAACCUGGAGAAACUAAAUGAAGUAACUGCCCCAGCUCAAAGUGCUGAAGGAUCAAAAAAUCUUGUAAUUGGGCCGCAAGAGCAGCUCAAUAUGGACAAAACUGUUGGUGGGAAAAAGAGUCGGAAGAAGGCUGCUGCACAUGAAGAGGAUCUGGAGUCGAAGAGACGGAAGGUUCUUGAAGGUGGGGCGGCAGCUGAGGCAGUAAGGACAUGUGCAAUAUGUAAUGUGGUAUGUAAUAGUGAGACAGUUUUCAAUUAUCAUCUUGCGGGACAAAAGCAUGCUGCUAUGGUGAAGAAACAGGCAGAUGGAACAGGAAUGGCUACUGCCAGUUGAAAGUAAAAUUUUGGGAGUCUUUUUGGUAUAUUGCCGCAUACUUGAUCUUCCUUUCUGGGAUUUGCUGAGGUGAGUCGAUCAAAACUUAUUGGGAUAACUGAUUCGUAAAUUUCCUUGAGAAGAGAUCUUGUUUGAC